AAUGUUUCGCUAGUCCUAUAGUUUGUUUGGAACCUAAACAAUUUUCAUUUUUAGACAAUCAAACUUUAGCGAUCAAUAAGAUUUUUUUUUUGUCAUUCUUGCUUUUUCUGUGUUGAAUCUCAUAAUAAAUCCUAUCUUCCAAAAUGAGUCAAUUCUUUUGGUUUUUAUUAGCAAUUCUUUACUGUGGUUUGACGAUAUGUUUUGCCUUGAAUCCAUAUCGUGUUCUUGAAGUACCUAAAUCAGCAACGAUAGCUGAAAUUAAAAAAUCUUACAAAAAUUUGGCUAAAAAAUACCAUCCAGAUAAAAAUCAAAAUAACGAUGCCCAAGAAAAAUUCAUAGAACUCAAUAAAGCUUAUGAGAUCCUCAUGGAUCCAGAAAGAAGACGUCUUUUUGAUCGAACUGGACAAACAGAAGAUUCGCCUAAUUUCAAACAUAAAUCCGACUAUCGUGGCUUUAACCGUUUUGAUUUUGAUACAUUCGACACUUUUUUCGAUUCCAAUGAUGGCCGAAAUUUUAGAUUUACAUUUAAUAGUGGAAGUUAUUUUCGCAAACAUUCAAUAACUCAUCGAGCAUAUGAAAACACAAUUUUACCGCAAAGUUACUCCACACCUUACAUUCUAGUCUUUUAUGGUGAUCUAUGUGUUCCGUGCAUUCAAGUAGAACAAGUGCUUCGUAGAUUGAUGAAUGAAUUAGAGUCAGUUGGUGUUGGUUUCGGUACGGUUCAUUCACAACAUGAAAUCGCUUUGACACGAAAGAUUGGCGUUCGAUCUUUACCUUAUAUCAUAUCGUUAAUUGAUGGUGAUAUAAGACCAUUUAGAGAGCCAGAAAUUUCAUUAUCUACAAUGAUUGGUUUCAUUAAAAGAUCUUUGCCAAAAGAUUUAAUCAUCGAAAUUAAUGACGAUAAUUACUACGACUUUUUAAAUGGAUGGAAAGAUAAUAAAGUACGAGUAUUAUUCACUAAUAAUGAUCGUUCAAUUCGUCUUCGUUAUAUUCUGGUCGCUUUCUAUUUUCACGAACGUAUCGCAUUUGGUCAUGUCAAGACGGAUGAUCAAAAAACCAAAGAAGUAUUGAAACGUUAUCAUAUUGACCCGAAAAUGAAUUCAAUGCUCGUAUUUAAUGAAGAUAUUAAUAGUCCGACUGCUAGUCUUUCAGUUUCAGAACUAAAAACGCAAAUCAUGAAGGAUGUACUGGAUUCACACAAAUACUUAUUUUUGCCUAGAGUCACUUCUCAAACUGUAUUCGAUCAUUUAUGUCCAGUAGCUAGUUUGCCAUCACGUGCAAAACUUUGUGUAAUGCUUGUUUCCAGCGAAAAAGAAGAUAAUGAACGAAAAUUUCAUGCCAUGAGAGCAUUCAUGAAAGAAAGCGAUUUCCCUAAAGAUCGAUUUCGUUUCAUGUACAUUCAUCGAGAAAAACAAGCUGAACUAGUCAAAUCAUUGACAAAUAUUGGUUUAAGCAAAAAAGUCAAUAUUAAUCGAGGAAUCCAUGUUGUCAUAUUAUGGCGAAAAGAAUCAAAUCAAGUUUUCUAUGAAUGGUUAAACAAUGAAUGGGAUUUUGUCGAUUCGACUUAUAUAAAUGAAACAAAACAAAAACUGAAUCUUCUUAUGACUCGAUUAUCACAGAAUGCCGCCCAAUUUACUUACAGUGUAAAAAUCAAUUCACUCACUGAUGAAUCGGCAAAAAGUCUAUUUGCUAGAAUAGUUAAAAGAUUACUAUUGGUAACUGAAAAUUUAAGCGACAAUAUUUCCCGAACAGAUCCUACACCGAUUUUAUCGGUCGUUUUUUCCAUCAUUUUUAUCAUAUUUAUCGGUUAUGUCAUGACAUAUUUCAUGAAAGUCGAAGAAGAAUCCAUAAGAGAAAAAUAUAGAAAAAUGGGCCGUCAAAUGCCUGGAUCAUCCGCAAGACCAAGGAAUGAUUGCAAAUUAAAUAUACACGAAUUGAGAGGAGAAACUUAUAAUGGCCUAAUUCGUUUGUUAAAGCCCGGAUGUCGUACUAUCGUACUACUUUGUGAUAGUUCUUCGAAAUCUAAAUUGUUACCUCAAUUUUAUAAAGCGGUACACCCAUAUCGGAAGAACAAAACUUUAAUGUUUGCCUUUCUUUUGGUGGAAAAGAAUAUUGAUUGGUAUAAAAAACUUUUAUUGCAAACACUUGGUGGUGAACGAGAAUUGAAUAUUAAUCCGAAAAAUUGCAUUGGAACAGUCCUUUCGAUUAAUGGUUUUAGAAAAUAUUUUUGCGUCUAUCACGCAAAACAUCCGGAAAAUAAUAUUCCAUUGCGACGAUUGGAAGAGGAUGGAGAAUUUCUUGGCCUAAAUGAAACGAAUGAAAAUUCUAGUGAAGAAUCCGAUGUCGAAUCCGGUAUGUUGGUACGAAAUCAAAACACUACUAAUGGUAAUAAUGUAUCGGAUUUAUCAUCGAUCGACAAUAAUGAUGUUAUUUUUGAAAAUAAUUUAUUAAAUGGCUUACCAAAUUGGUUGGAUAAAUUAUUUGAUGGAAGUACCACAAGAUAUUAUAUCAAUUUUUGGCCUGAACAUAUGAAAUAAGAGGAACAAUCAUCUAUUGUUGUAUCAUAUUAACAUCAAUAACUUUAAUCAUUUAAUCUUGUAAAUAUUAUUAUUAUUAUUAUUAUUAUUAUUAUUAUUUAUUGCAUUUA